AUGUGUUGGCUCAAGAAAAAGGGUGCAGUUUUGGGCCGCGUCCUGUAUCACGCCUUGCAAGGUCACUGCUUCAUUAGCCGGUCCCUGCCUGAGGAGAGCUUCUUCCUGGACUACAUCAUGGACCGUCUGGGGUCGGAGAACUUCACUGUCGGAGAUUUGGAGGCCCUCAUGAGGAGUCUGAACCUUGGAAAUGACUACACACAGGAGCACGAACACCAGAAAGACCAACACGCCGAUCACGAUCACAGUGGUUUAAGACGGAGGAAGAGGAUCAGCCAUGAACAUCACGAGAGGCUUGAAGGAAACGGCACCUGGAAUCGGUUCUGCGCCUCAGCUGAGGAGCUGGUCCUGAUCUACCGUCUGCCGGACAACAGCUCGGUCUCCUCUGGCCUGAGUCGGACAGACUUGGCUCGGCUCAGCCCUGCACUCGUCCAGCAGAUCCUGAGCGGAGCGUGUGCAGACAUCACAGAACCACUGACAGGGGAUAGGCUCACCAAGACUGAGCAAUACGUUUAUGCAACCAUUGCCAACAUGGUGAUAACACUGACGUCAAUGUUUGGCAUUGUGGUGCUGCUCUGUACCGCCUGCACCAGUGUGUUCCAGCUUUGUAUCCAGUUUUGCAUCAGCCUGGCAGUAGGUUCACUGACUGGAGAUGCCUUACUGCAUCUGUUACCCAUGUUUUUAGGUUUACAUGUGCACUCAGACAAAAACGACAGCCACAAGCACUCACAUGAUGCUCAGGAAGAAAUUCCAGACUACAUUUACAAGAUGUUGGUGCUGAUUGGCGGUAUCUACUACUUUUAUCUGAUGGAAACGAUCUUCUCUCUGGUCAUGUAUAAAGAGAAUCACCACCAUCAUCAACAUCAUCAUGGGGAAGAAUCAGAGCCUCACCAUUGUGACCAUGGGAGGGUUUUAGAGAUGUAUCAACAGGAGAGGAAACAAAAAGACAAGUCCCAGUCAGCAUCAAGAGCUGAGCUGGUUGGCGAUCAAGACGAUGAGAAAUCUCUUUCAGGGCCAAAAGAGCGCACCAGAGAACAGCGUCUGCUGCCUUAUAUGAUAACUAUCGGUGACAGCAUCCACAACUUUGCAGACGGCUUAGCAAUGGGCGCAGCUUUCUCCCUGUCAUGGAAGUCUGGUCUGGCCACGUCUCUAGCUGUCCUCUGCCAUGAACUACCACAUGAACUGGGUGAUUUUGCCAUUUUGCUCCACAGCGGUGUGUCCGUCCGCAAGGCGUUGCUUCUGAACGUUGGCAGUGCCAUGACCUCGUUCAUCGGCCUGUACAUCGCUCUGUCUGUCGCCACUGACCCCAUCACCAAACACUGGAUAGCUGCCAUUACCGCAGGACUCUUCCUGUACGUGGGGCUGGCUGACAUGCUCCCCACCAUGGUCCACAUCAGCAACGAGAAACCCUGGCUGAUGUUUCUGCUGCAGAACAUCGGCCUUCUGACCGGCUGGGGUACACUGUUGGUGCUGUCACUUUAUGAAGAGAGGAUCAGCUUUUAA